UUCUGAUCAUAUACUUCUUCACUUUAGUUGAUUUAUUUGCCCUGCUUUUCAUUCGUAUCUACCGAUCUUCUCAUUUCCUUCUCUUUCUAGCCACCAAAUAUUAUCAAUCAGAUGUUUUACAGCAUUCGGGAGACCCUAGACUGUACCCAUAAAGAACCCUAGCUUAGAGAAAUCCUCCUUCCUCACUAGUCGCUACUCACUACCAUCCCCUCCUUGAAUCAACCAAGGCAAGCCUCUCACUAUCCUUAUAAUGUCAGUCAUCUCUCUAUCGUCAAUUACCUGAAAGCUUUCCGGCCUCCCUCAUGUAUCCCCGGCAAACCCGCGCCGCCUCUACUGUUCAUAUCGAGAAGUUUUCAUCCUAUAUCAUUCUUUCUAGCAAAUUUCUCAUACAACAACGUAACCCACCUUUAAUUUCACGUCAACUGAUUCAAAGUGGAAGUCAUCACCGAAGAAGUCGUCAACAUUAGGAACAUCCCUUUGCCUUCGUUGUUUCACUCCCACCGAUCACUCCAUGUAGCAAUAUAGCACGGCACACGAACCUUCUGUGAAUCGCUGUUGAAAAGAGUUCAGCAAGGUAUAGUGCAGCGUGGCACAGCAGCGACCAAUAGUGUCGAAGUGGGGUGGCAACACGCAAACUAAAGGGCAAGGAGGAAAGAGAAAUCCAACAGAGGUUGGUAGGGACACAGGGGCGGGGAUGGAGACUUUUUAAGCGAGGCUUAGGGAUGGCGAUAGCGGUUGCAGGCGGUGCUGCAACGGUAUAGAGGGAGGAGAUGCAGAGAAGGUGAUUAAGACUGGAAGAUAACAAAGGGAAAAAGCGAAGGGGGAUGGACAAAGUUGUCAGAUUUAGUUUUGAAUUCAAAUUUUCGGCGAAAUAUCUUAUGUGCAACAGGAGACACCGUGCCGAAAGACAAAUAGAGACGUGACAGUGUAGUGACAACAACAAUUGAUGUUUGGGGACAUCGUGUUGAUGUCUUGGUGGAGGAACUCUAGGGAUUCUUGUUUUCGAUUAGGGAGGAUACUGAGUCUAUCUUCUUUGUCCCCUCGAAGUGGAAGAAUCUGAAAACGAGCAUCACAUCUUUGAGGAGAAGAUAACAAGGCUGAUCUAGGAGGAUGUUAAGUUAGGAGGACUUGAUGUUAGCAGGGGAUCCAAGAGUCAAAGAAGGCUUGUUGUUCGAAAGAAGAUGAGCCAAAAAGAUAAGGAUAUGGAUAUAAUUAUAAAGAAUAAGGAGGAUAUAGAUCCGGGACAUAGUGGAAAUGAGGUUGACAUGAAAGGAAAGGUUCAGAAGGAGAUCAAUAAGGAUCCUAAGCAGAGUGAUAAGCAGCCUCAAGAUGCUGUUAGUGAUAAGGGUCCUGCGAAAGGUAAUAUGGCUGAUGAGGAUAUUAGGAAGAAUGUUAGGUUAGAUGAUGAUAGAAACUAUGUAUCUACUUCAGACACGCGACUUGGUACUCCUCCGACAUCAGAAGGUGAUGACGUGGCUGAUGACAAAGCAGGUGAGUUAAACGAAGAUGAAGCAAUGUCCCCCAUUGCAACGGCAACAUCUCUUAGGUCACAAGAGUUGAUUGUCUUCAAGGCCCCAUAUGGUUUUUCAGAUGAGUUGACAGACAAGGUGUAUUCAUAUUGUACUACUGAGGAAGAUAGUUCGUUAGCCAAGAGGCUUUUUCUUUCUGACGUGAUUGCAAUAGGGUUUGACCACAACUUGACUCGAAUAGACAGCAUAACGGCAAAACCUAGAGAAUGGAUAAGCAACCAUCUUAUGCAUUUUGUCAUCGAGGUUCUUAAUAAUGAAGGCCCGAACGAUCGAUUGAGAGAAUGUGUUUUUCUAAGCCCAUACUUGAUGCAAUCCCUUGCAUCGAACUUUAAAGAAUCUCAGUCAGGAAAAUAUGAAUUGCCGCAAGAACUGAAAGAUCAUCCUUACUUUAGGCCUAAUCAGAUAAGGGAUCAAAAUUUGAUUAUGGGACCACUUUUGUGGAAGGGGCACUGGUGGGCUUAUGCACUUGAUCGCAAGCAAAAGGUGGUUUACGUGCUUGAUUCCAUUCACCAAAGUUGCCCAGAUGAUGAAAGAAUGCAACUAGACUGCUUAGUGUCGAAGAGGCUAGGACAGAUUCUUUCUUUGAAAGAUCCUAAUUACACUUUUACAUAUAGUGGACUCCACACCAUCUAUGCCCAAGUACCUAAGCAACACAAUAGUGAUGAUUGUGGAGUCUUCGUGUACAAGUACCUUCAGCAAUGGAAACCUAACACCUCAUUGCAGGGUUGCAACCAGGAACAAAUUGCGUAUUUCCGAAAAGAACUCCUCUUAUCGUGCGUUCUGAGUGGCUCGAACACUAAACGGGAAGAACUACUUCACCAAGUGGAUAAAUACUUUAAGAUGUCUUCCCCAUCAGGUUUUGAAUAUGAUGAUAAUAGUAAUUGUGAGAUUUUGUCUCCAACAAAGAAGAGUGUAUAUGUGACUCCAAAAGAGAUGAAUGCGACAUCAAAGGAAGUUGUUAGUGUGUCUCCUAGGACUCAAAAGAAGAAGGUAGCAAAAAGAUACGUGGAACCUAUGAUUGAGCAGAAAAAGACGGUCGUGGAAGAAGGAGAAAGAAAGAUUGCCGGAAGAGAAAACGAAAAGGAAGAAAUCAUAAAUAGGAUUUUGUCUUUGACAACAGUUGAAGGUGUUGUUUUGGUGCUUAGGAUUGUGGGGAUGAAAGGGAUCGGGAAAACAGCACUUGCUGAAUUAAUUUGCUGUGAUGAUAGAGUGACAACAAAAUUUUCGGUGAAAUGGAAUGAUAUCCAUGGCAACUCUUCUGUUGAGUCUGUCAAGAAAGAAAUUAUUCGUGAAUUAGAGAUAGAGGGGAAGGGAAAGAAGAAAAUUGCAGAUCUUAAUCCUGAAGAAGCUACGAGAAGAAGUAGAUUCCUUCUAGUGCUGGAUGAUUUACGAAGCGAGAACCAUGAAGAACUGCUCAGUUUGCAAAGAGAACUGACGAAGGUUCCUGGCUCAUCUGGUGGUGUAAUCCUUGUUACCACGCAGAAUAUUCUAGGGCCCCCCAUGGUGGUCGAAAAUUCUUGGGCACUAGGCAGUCUGGGAGAGGAAUAUUGUUGGGCUCUAUUUGAGAAAGUUAUAGGUGGAGGUUCAAGUGAAUCAAAGAUCAGUGAUGCCCAAAAGAAGUUGAUAAAAAAGUGCUGGGGAGUCCCUGGAGCAAUAACAAAAUUGGCAAUAAUGUUGAAGGCUCGUGAAACAAUUUCUGAAUCAGACAUAAAGAAUUUUGAGCGGAAAUUCAUGCAGGAGAUGAAGACUAUGUACUACGAUGAACUCCCCUCCUGGCAAGUGAAAGAAUGCUUUGCUUAUUUACCAUUUUUAAUCCCUAAGGCAAGUCAAGCAGUCGAGGUUGACACACUAGUUCAGCUUUGGAUGGCAGAGGGAUUUUUGAGCCCAUCCAAUUCUUCUUCUCAACCAGCACAAUUGGGAGUUAGCAUUAUAAGAGAAUUCUGUCGCAGAUCAUUCCUUUUCUUUAGAGGAAACCAAUUUGGCAGCAUUACAGAUUGCUGCGUGUAUAACCGGCUAUUGUGUGAUCUGUCAAGAUUCGUAGCCGACGAGGGCGGCUUCUACAUGGACUUCUACAUGGGUGAUCGUGGCGAGAAUGACAUGCAAACUGUCCGUCGAGUGUUAUUAGCUCAAGACUUUGAUUUUGCAAAUGGGAUUCCUAAAUCCCUCAAUAAAAUAAAGAAACAUUUGCGUACCAUUCUCUUCCCCCUACCUGAAACCCUCGACAUCCCCCAACCAGGAACCAACGACUGGUCCUCACGAAUUCCACAUGAUGUCAUAUUAAGCCUGUCUGCAUGUGAUGCAAUUUUCCGUGCAUUCAAGAAUUUGCUUGUGUUGGACCUAGCAGAUUUAGGCAUAAGGAAACUGCCCAAAUCAAUUGGAAAGUUGAAACGUCUAAGAUACCUCAAUCUGUCUCAUAAUGACAUGGAGGAACUUCCCUCUUCCAUUGGAAAGCUAACGAGACUGCAGACAUUAAAUUUGUCUCGUUGCCAUCAACUCAAAAAGUUGCCCCGUGAGGUACGACAUUUAGUGAGUCUGAAGCAUCUGGAGCUAGAGGGGUGCCUGCAUCUGGCACACAUGCCGUCAACAUUAGGGAAGCUAACAAAGCUUGAGAAAUUGUCCCAUUUCACAGUCAGCAACAGUAAUUGCAAGCACAAGCAAUUGCAAGAUUUUGCAGAAUUGAUGAAUCUUAAAAACUUAAGGGGGAGGUUGGAAAUUCUACACUUGGAGCGCUUGAAAUUUGAGGAACCACGGCAUGUUGGGCGUGCCUAUUUGAAAGAGAAAGAACAUCUUGAGGACAUCAGUCUGAAAUGGAGUCAUGAUGAUGAUAACAAUAAGAAAGGCAAUGAAAAAUCACUGCUGGAUUGUCUUGAGCCACAUCCGAAUCUUCAAGGAUUAUCUAUUAAGGGAUAUAGAGGUACAGCAUUUUCAACUUGGCUCUCGUCCCUCAAAAAUCUUGUUAGCUUUACUUUGAACAACUGCUCCAUGUGCACUUUUCUCCCUGCAUUGAAUGGAUUCCCUAAUCUUAAAGUUCUCAGACUUGAAAGGUUGGACUCUUUGAAAUACAUAACAGAUGGAACCAAAGGCAGCACAGAACUGGGGUUAGGCAUGCUACAAUAUUUGUCGAUAUCAGAUUGCCCAGAGCUCACAAGUUGGUGGCGGCCUAGUGAAACAGCUCACAACAAUGCCAUAUCAUUUAGCUCCCUGUCAGUUUUGCAUGUCAAAUACUGUCCAAAACUAAGUUCUAUGCCAUUGUAUCCCUAUCUUACCACGAGUCUGAUUUUGGAGGGUUCCAGCAUGAGAACGUUGUUGGACACCAUAAAUUAUAGGUCAACCUCAAAUCCUGCUGCUCUUCCCCUCUCCAGAUUGGCAUGGUUGAAAAUUAACAACGUAGAGGAAGAGUCUUAUCUACCGAAUAACUGGCUAGAAAACUUUGUCUCACUCCAAUAUCUUUGGAUCAGUGAGAAAAUGACAGUGGUCAAAAGUUUCAGACAUCUUCGCGCACUUAACACCAUGAUCAUCACAAACUGUACAGGAGGGGACUUACCUAGUGAGGAAUGGGAUGGUCUCAAAAUGCUCCGGCAUCUGACAAUACAGGAAGUUGCUAAGCUGAAAUCUCUUCCAUCAGGAAUCAAACAUCUUACAUCUCUAGCUGCUCUAUGGAUCAUCGGUUGUCCUGAGUUAGAAACUUUGACAGAGGAAAUAGGCAAUCUCAAAUCCCUUAAUAUUCUUCACAUUGAAAAUUGCCACAAGUUACAUUCGCUUCCCAAAACAAUGAUCCAACUCGAAUCACUAAAAAAUUUAGUGAUUAGGAGCUGCCCGUUGUUGUUGCCAAGGUGCCAAGAAGGAACCGGUGAUGACUGGCCACAGAUCAAGCACAUCAAACAUAUCUACGUGGCUGGCACUUCUGAAGUCUUUGAGUAAUAACAUCAAUCAAGUCCGAACUGGUUCGGCUAACCGGUCUCUUGGGUACUUGACAAAAGACUUGCCCUAAGCCUCUAAUAAUCUAAAAGAUUGGUAUAGCUAUGCAGUUUUGCUACUUCUUUCUUCAGUCUUUGUUCAUACAAGUAUUACACCUCGGGCAUUGGUUGGGUAUUCCAAAUCAACCUGAAUUUCAAUCUUCGUUCAGGUGUAGGAAUCCAGCUAUUGGUGAGAAUCAGAUGGAACUAGAUGAGUCUUCUGGGUAAGAUAAAGAUUUGGUGUCUACCUUUGAUGUCAUGUGUUUGUAUUAAAGGUUAAAUAAAAAGGACAGCAACCUUCGUUUUAUUAUCCAAAGAAAAGCUUCUGAGAUACAUUUCUUUACAUUUUAUACGUUAUGAUCGUUGAAAGUAUGUAACAUUACCAUGUUCGGGAUACUUAUAAAUCUAUGCAUAAAUUUAGUUGGAUCACUCAUUUUGUAU